AUGCCGUCGGUUGAUGAGAUUCUCGCUGCCAAGUAUCCGGCCAAGGCUCAUGCGCGCCGUGUCGCUCAGGUCCUCCAGGACAAGCAUGGCGAGGCCGGCGUGAUCUACCUCGAGGCGCAAAAAACUCGUCUUAUCGAGGACAAUGACGAGGCUAUGCCUUUCAGACAGCGUCGCCCCUUCUUCUACUUGACUGGAUGUCUGGAGCCCGAUUCCUCGGUCGUCUACGAUGUCAAGAAGGACGAGUUGACCCUCUUCAUUCCCCCCAUCGACCCCGAGUCGGUCAUCUGGUCGGGUCUGCCGUUGUCGCCUGAGCAGGCCAAGAAGCUCUACGAUGUCGAUCACGUCAAGUACACGACCGACGUCAAUGCGACCCUGGCCUCGAUCGCGUCGGCACAGGAUGGAAAGACUUUGGCUUUUGCUAUUGAGGAGCAGGUCUCCGAGGGCGUUGAGUUCAAGGGCUUCGCGCGAUCGAACCUCGGCGUUCUGAAGACUGUUAUCGGCGAUGCUCGCGUUGUCAAGGAUGCCUAUGAGGUUGCGCUUCUGCGGAAGGCGAAUGAUAUCUCUGCCCUAGGACAUAUUGCUUCUAUCAAGGCCGCUAAGACUGCGACUAAUGAGCGUGAGGUCGAGGCUGCUUUUAUCAACACUUGCAUUGCCAAUGGUGCUCGGGAGAUGUCUUAUCACCCCAUCUUUGCUGGUGGUGCCAACGGUGCUACGCUGCACUACGUCAAGAACGAUGAGAGCUUGACUGAUGCUGGAUCUCAGCAGCGCAAGGGUAACCUGCUGAUCGAUGCUGGUGGUGAGUAUCAGACUUACUGUGCUGAUAUUACUCGUGUCGUUCCUCUGGCUGGUACCUUCCCUCUGGAGACUCGCCAGAUCUACGAGAUUGUUCUGGAGAUGCAGAAUGAGUGCAUUGCUGUGUUGAAGGAUGGUGUGUGCUGGGAUGAUGUGCACGCUCUGGCCCACCGCAUCGCUAUCAAGGGUCUGCUGAAGUUGGGAAUUCUUCAGGGCUCUGCGGACGAGAUCUUCGAGAAGCGUGUCAGCGUCGCUUUCUUCCCUCACGGUCUGGGCCACUACCUGGGCAUGGACACCCACGACACUGGCGGCUACCCCAACUACGCCGAUACCGACAAGAUGUUCCGCUACCUUCGUGUUCGGGGCAACUUGCCCGCCGGCUCUGUGAUCACCGUUGAGCCUGGCAUCUACUUCUGCCGCUUCAUCAUCGACCCCGUCCUGCAGUCCCCCGAGCUGAGCAAGUACAUCAACACCGAGGUUCUGGACCGCUACUGGAGCGUUGGAGGUGUGCGCAUUGAAGACAAUGUGCACGUCACCAAGGACGGUCCCGAUAACUUGACCUCGGCCCCCAAGGCGAUCGCAGAGGUCGAGAGCCUUGCGCAAUAA